CAAGACGUGUUCAGGGGCCUCGGCCGAACAGCGAUGCGUCAGGGUCGUUUCUAGAAAUGAGUGAAAGACGGAGAGCUGUAUUUACUGUUGCAAUUCAUGGCGGAAGGCAGCCCAAGGAGGAAAGAGCAAACGGCGGUGCAUCCAGGCAUCAGCCCCACGUUGGGAGCCGUGGUUAGCGCGUGCCAUGAAGGGCCACCCCCAAACCACGUCGGGACAGUCUGCCUCUCUCCUCCAAUACCAUCAAAGUCACACCACUCAACCUUUUGGACAAUAUCAAUACCCCGGCAUUCACAAUUCUAUGAUAGGUCGGCAACACAUAUCGUCAAGGUUGUUGCUCCAGUCAACGACAAAGCUACUUCUCGCAAACGAAACGCCGACGAUGCCAGAUCGAGUUACUCCCAGAAACGCCCAAAGCUGCGCCCGAAGGUCGAUACGGAAAUAAAAGAAGCUCAAUGGGUCUGCGGUUAUGAUAACUUCAAGUUCUUGGGACUACCACCAGAGCUCCGCAACCAGAUCUACGAGUACGCCACGGAAUGCACCUACAGAUGUUUCCCCAUGCUGCACAAGAGGCCCAAGAAGGUGUGCAAACUGGCGGUAUACCAUUCGUCAAGGAAAUCCACCAACCUACCAGCGGCUGAGCGCAAACCUGUCCCGUAUCUUGCGUUGACGCAGACGUGCAUGCAAAUCAGGGCCGAGUUCCGUCCGAUGUGGUUAUCGAUGCACAGAGUCCCUCUGAAUUUCAUGGACACAUACUUCAAGGCCUUCUUCCCCGCGCGAAUACCUCCGACGUUGGCUCGAUUCAAGCCUCACGUUCUGACUUCCUCCAGCCUUCGGAUUUGGGUUCGAAAAGACGACCUUGGUAGUACCGCCAAUUGCUGUGACGCGACCAGACUCUUUAAGCACAAGGCACGUUUCCCCGACUGCGCCAUCACAUGCCAAUCGCUUUCAUCGACGGAAGACAGUAUACUGCGCGAUCUAGAAUGGCUCAUCAAUCACAAAAAUGCAGCGUGGAGGAAGUCAGUCAUUGGAGGCAGCAUCAGUCAGGUGCGGUUUGGCUUGGACACCGACUGGGACACGGGCAAGAAAACAGUGGCCGUGGACAUGGUAGUGAAGGAGAGAUUUGCAGAGCCUUGGAUGAAGAUCAUCUCUGCAGCACCGCCUAAGGGUGCCAUGGAGAGGUUUCUGAGGCACUUUGGAUUCGAACUGCACAGCCGUCCUUGGAAGACUCGGGUGAGCGUGGACUAUUCUUGACCUAUCUACAGGUCCUGAAGACCUCCGGACGCUUGGAUAAGAGCGAUUUAGGCAAUAGGGACUGCUUUAUAUGCGCACGAAAUAUGUGUAAUAUCUGCCAAAGUGAGCAAACCGGCACCAAAUGAACAGUGUGCCUGGUCACAGGACGUUAAAUCAAUCACGGAUAAA